AUGAGCUGGCUCUCCAGUUCCCAGGGAGUUGUGCUCACUGCCUACCACCCCAGCGGCAAGGACCAGGCCCUGGGGGGGAACCAUGGCAAGGGUGGGGAGGAAGCCACCACGAGUCGCAGAUAUGGCCAGUAUACUAUGAACCAGGAAAUCACCAAAGUUACAGAAAGACCUCCAUUUGAUCGAUCAAGUUCCCAGGAUUCUUUGGAUGAACUGUCUAUGGAAGAUUAUUGGACCGAACUAGAAAAUAUCAAGAAAUCCAGUGAGGACAGACAAGAAGAUCAAGAGGUGGUGGUUGUCAAAGAGCCUGAUGAGGGAGAACUGGAAGAAGAGUGGCUUAAGGAGGCCGGUUUGUCCAAUCUCUUUGGAGAGGCUGCUGGAGAUCCCCAAGAAAGCAUGGUGUUUUUAUCAACACUGACCCGGAUGCAGGCGGCAGCUGUUCAGAAACGAGUAGAGACUGUCUCCCAGACCUUGAGGAAAAAAAACAAACAGUACCAGGUUCCUGACGUCAGAGACAUAUUUGCUCAACAGAGAGGGUCAAAAGAAAGGGAGGUAGAUGGUGCAGAAUCACAAUCAGUCAGAACAGACGAAAACAAAUACCAAGGAAAAGAUGAUCAGGCAUCUAGCCUAGUUGUUGGCGAAAAGGAGCUGACUCCAGGGGUGCCUGAAGAGGCAUCUGCCUCUGAAACAGACAUCAACCUGGAGGUAUCAUUUGCAGAGCAAGCUGUCAAUCAGAAAGAGAGCUCCAGAGAGAAAAUCCAGAGGAGCAAAGGGGACGAUGCCCUGUUACCUAGUUUCAGAUUGCCAAAAGACAAAACAGGCACCACCAAGAUUGGUGACCUGGCGCCCCAGGACAUGAAGAAAGUUUGCCAUUUAGCCUUAAUUGAGCUGACCGCCCUCUAUGAUGUAUUGGGUGUUGAACUGAAACAACUAAAAGCUGUGAAAAUCAAAACAAAAGAUUCUGGCCUUUUUUGUGUUCCAUUGACAGUGCUGUUAGAACAAGAUCAGAAGAAAGUACCAGGAACUCGAAUACCCUUGAUAUUUCAAAAACUGAUUUCUCGCAUUGAAGAGGGAGGUUUAGAAACAGAAGGCCUCUUAAGGAUACCUGGAGCUGCCGUUCGAAUCAAGAAUCUUUGCCAAGAACUGGAAGCAAAGUUUUAUGAAGGGACUUUUAAUUGGGAAAGUGUUAAGCAGCAUGAUGCCGCCAGCCUACUGAAGCUCUUCAUCCGGGAGCUGCCCCAGCCACUGCUCAGUGUAGAAUAUCUCAAAGCCUUUCAGGCUGUCCAGAAUCUUCCAACCAAGAAGCAACAACUACAGGCUUUGAACCUUCUUGUCAUCCUCCUGCCCGAUGCAAACAGAGACACACUCAAGGCCCUGCUCGAAUUUCUCCAAAGAGUCGUGGACAAUAAAGAGAAAAAUAAGAUGACUGUCAUGAAUGUAGCAAUGGUCAUGGCCCCGAAUCUCUUCAUGUAUCAUACAUUGGGUUUGAAGUCCAGUGAACAGCGAGAAUUUGUAAUGGCAGCUGGGAUAGCUAAUGUCAUGCACUUAUUGAUUAAGUAUCAAAAACUUCUGUGGACAAUUCCCAAGUUCAUUGUCAACCAAGUGAGGAAGCAAAACACUGAAAAUCACAGAAAAGAUAAAAAAGCCAUGAAGAAAUUGCUGAAGAAAAUGGCUUAUGACCGGGAAAAAUAUGAAAAGCAAGAUAAGAGUGCAAAUGAUGCUGACGUUCCUCAGGGAGUGAUUCGAGUGCAAGCUCCCCAUCUUUCGAAAGUUUCCAUGGCAAUACAGCUAACUGAAGAACUCAGAGCCAGUGAUGUACUUGCCAGGUUUCUCAGCCAAGAAAGUGGGGUUGCCCAGACUCUCAAGAAUGGGGAAGUUUUUUUGUAUGAAAUUGGAGGAAAUAUUGGGGAACGCUGCCUCGAUGACGACACUUACAUGAAGGAUUUAUAUCAGCUCAACCCCAAUGCUGAAUGGGUUAUAAAGUCAAAGCCAUCAUAG